UGUACGUAAGACAUUGAAGCAUUUGUAUGCGUACCUACAUUUUGAACUCUUAUCAAACGUUUAUGGACUUCAGUACGUUCAAGCAUCCAAUCAGUAUCAAUUUAAAUGUCUUGUUGAAAACGUGUGCUAAUUCCUUCGAACAUGAAAUUGAAAGCGAUUUUUAUUUGUGCGAUCUUUCUUGCUUUGACAGUGACCAUAUCCUGUGUGCAUGCAAGAAACGACCCUUGGCGUAGAAUAACCGAUUCUAGUGAGUUCGAUUGUAAGCGCUUCAACAAACAGAUACAAAUAUUUCGACCUGAAGGAGUAGUAAUAACGCAAAGUGUUUUGGAAAAUGUGCAAUCGCUUAAACUGAAGGUGUACAUUAAUGCAAAGUAUCAGGCGAAUCCCUCGUGUGACAUUUCUGCGGAUUUUACAUUCACAAAUCGUACCCAAAAAACACUAACCACAAAGCACGCGUCGGCUAUUGUCCGUGCAGGCGACAUAGUUCAGUAUACCGUCACCAAACUCUACCAAUAUGGUCCGGCGAAGUUAUUUAGCUGUGAAUUUUAUGUGAAUGAUAAGUUCAUAAAGUCUGCGCAUGAAACAACAUCAUCACGAUUCUGUCCGGAAAAUGUUCACAAUUUUGCCGCAGAAAAGACAAUACUAGAGGAAACAAUCAACGAACUUCUCUCAUCUUGUGAAGCGGUGAAUUUAACAACAAAGCUUGCCUUACUAACCGACGACAUGCAGGAAAAGAAACCACUUAAACGUUACGCUGUUCAACGGCUUAACGCACUGCUUCCAUCGGUAAACUGGUACGAGACGGUGGGAGCAGUUUCCCUUAUUCAGAAUAGAAUUGUUUUUGACGUGGAAACGAAACUGAUGAAGCUGAAAAUUCUUCACAUGAUCCGGGGAACCGAUGUGGCAAAAAAUAUCACUGAUUUGGAAGAACCACGCCGUUCGGUCAUUAGAACUCACGAUAUUCACGAGUAUUCCGAAGAAAUGGAAAGUACGACAGAAAUGAUUGAUAUUUCUAUCUAAAAUAAAGCAAAUAAGUGUUGCAAGUG